UCACUAAUUGAUUGUUAUUUUAGGUCAGACUUCCAUGGCCAGGAAGAAGAUGUCCCCCCAAAAAGCAAACAAGCGAGAGUUGGUGCCGAUGAAGGAAUAUCUUCAGCAUCUUCACUGCAACAAAAAAAAAAAAGCCAAGGAAGAAGCAAAGCGAAGGAAUGAUCCCCGUGGUGACGUCAUACGCGAUGUUAACCCAACGCCACGGUGUGUGUGCGUGCGUGCUGCGCGUGCAACCAAUCACAGACCUCCCUGAGCGCACACGCCGGCUGCACCAAAAUGCGCGUGCGCGUCCCGGUACCGUGCGAAGAGCGGCGGAGAGAAGCAGCAGUCGUCACGUCGCAACACGGAGAGACGGGGCUAUCUUCCUCCUCCUCCUCUUCCUCCUCUUCCUCCUCCUCUCGUGCCGCCGCUGCCUGCUUUUCCCGGGAGAAACGGGAGAGAGAGAGAGAGAGAGAGCGAGAGAGAGAGAGAGAGAGGACCGUUGUGGAAAUACAUUUUUAUUUCUUUUCUUUCUUCUUCUUCUUUUCCGGAUGGUGGACUUGGCCAACAUGGAGACUGUGGAGAAGGAGUGCGGGGCUCUGGGGGGGCUUUUCCAGGCCAUUGUCAACGACAUGAAGUGCUCCUAUCCCGUAUGGGAGGACUUCAGCGCCAAGGCCACGAAGCUCCAUUCCCAGCUGAGGACCACGGUUCUGGCAGCCGUGGCCUUCCUGGACGCCUUCCAGAAGGUUGCAGACAUGGCGACCAACACCAGAGGGGCAACCAGAGACAUCGGCUCAGCGCUGACCAGGAUGUGCAUGAGGCAUCGCAGCAUCGAGGCCAAACUCCGACAGUUCACCAACGCUUUGAUGGAGAGCCUCAUCGCUCCCCUGCAGGACAAGAUCGAGGACUGGAAGAAGACGGCCAACCAGCUGGACAAGGACCACGCCAAAGAAUACAAGCGGUCACGGCACGAGAUCAAGAAGAAGUCGUCGGACACCAUGAAGCUCCAGAAGAAAGCUCGUAAAGGGCGGGGCGACCUGCAGCCCCAGCUGGACAGCGCCAUGCAGGACGUGACGGACAUGUGCCUGCUGAUGGAGGAGACGGAGAAGCAGGCGGUGCGCCGCGCCCUGGUGGAGGAGAGGGGUCGCUUCUGCACCUUCAUCGGCUUCCUUCAGCCCGUGGUGAACGGAGAGAUCGCGAUGCUGGGAGAGAUCACACACCUCCAGGCCAUCAUCGAUGACCUCACCGUGCUGACCUCUGACCCUCACAAACUACCCGCCGCUAGUGAACAGGUGAUCAAGGAUCUGAAGGGGUCGGACUACAGUUGGUCCUACCAGACUCCGCCCUCGUCCCCCAGCAGCUCCAGCUCACGCAAGAGCAGCAUGUGCAGGUACACACACAUGUACACACACAUGUACACACACACACGUUACGGUGACGCUUGGACCUCCACGUCCAUAACGAUGAUGGACGCUGACGGAUCUCCAAGGUGUUUAGAUGAAAGAGGAGCAGUUUGUCGACGUGUGUGUCCUUCCGGUGUGUAUCUUUGUCUUGUAGUGUGUAUGCGUGCCUCAAAGUACACAAUCCAGUGUGUGUCAGCGUGUAUUAGUGUGUACGUGUGUAACCUUGAUGCUCAUGAUCUUACACUCUCCCCUUGCCCCCCCCCCCCCCACCCCCACCCCAUCCCGUGUGUAUCUUGUGUGUAUCUUGUGUGUAUGUGUGUGUGUGCGCCCUCUUUCCGCCAUGUUCUUCUCUCUAAACGUAACCAUUUGACGGGCGGCCUGUCGGUGACCUCCACGCCGCGGACCAUCCAAUCAUCACCAUCACGACCCCCGCAUCACGCCUGCCCCCCCCCUCACAGCAGCGUCAACAGCGCCCACAGUAGCGCCUCCCGCUCAUCGGGGGGCGGCGGCGGGGGCGGUGGCGGCGGCGGCUCGCUGCCCCACUCACCCACCUCCUCCUCCUCCUCCUAUCGCUACCGCAGCAGCCUGCCGUGCCAGCCCCCGCCAGCGGGAGGCAUCGCCGCCCACCGCCUCAGCAGCGUCUCGUCCCACGACUCGGGCUUCGUGUCCCAGGACGCCAACAUCUACUCCAAGCCGCCCUCGCCCAUGCCCUCUGACCUCACCAGCCAGAAGUCGUCCAGCUCGGCGUCAUCGGAGGCCUCGGAGACGUGUCAGUCGGUCAGCGAAUGCAGCUCGCCCACCGCCGACUGGUCCAAAGCAGCUUCCUACGAGCAGCCCGCCGCCGCCACCGCCCCCGCCACCGUCGUUCAGAGGAGGAAGGAAGCGCCACUCAACGAGGGCUCGCCCAGCGCUCAGGGCUACGCCGGCCCCUCGCACGCCGACGACGGCCAAAGACCCAGGAUGUCCUCAGCCGCCAUCACUGCCAAGUACGGAGACGAGGCGUCUCCAGCAGCCAGCGACCUGGCCAUGGUCCUGACCCGAGGUCUGAGCACGGAGCAGCAGAAGAGCAGCAGGGACUCGCUGCAGUACUCCAGCGGGUACAGCACAGAGACCACCACCCCGUCCUGCUCGGAGGACACCAUCCCUUCUCAAGGUUCCGAUUACGACUGCUACUCGGUCAACGGAGAUGCUGAAGGUCCAGACGGUCAGUCGGACUUCGACAAGUCCUCCACUAUUCCUCGUCACUCCAACAUCGCCCAGAAUUACCGUCGUAUGAUCCAGACCAAGAGGCCCGCCAGCACGGCCGGUCUGCCCAGCGGGGUCCUCAGUUCGGGAGGUCACAUGAUAGCCGGGCAGCCCGCAGCCGGGGGAGGCGGAUCAGGGACUCCGGGAACCGCCACCAUUCGUAGAACCCCGUCCACUAAACCGGGCGUGAGGCGCACCUUGUCCAGCGCCGGCCCCAUUCCCAUCCGGCCUCCCAUUGUGCCUGUCAAGACCCCCACCAUUCCCGGGGACUCCCACUCCCCCGGGGCGGGCGCCUACGUGGGCGGCGUUCCGGUGCGCGUGGGCAGCGAGGAGUGCGUCUUCUUCACAGGCGCUGACGACGCACAGGGCGUGCUUGACUACGUGAAGGCCUCGCCCAAGCGCCUCAGCCUGCCCAACACCGCCUGGGGGUCCGGGGCGGCGCUGGAGGUCUACGCCCAGCAGCACGGCGUGAGCUUGGGGGGCGGGUCCGAGGAGGAGAAGAUGAUCGCGGCCAACCGGCACAGCCUCGUGGAGAAGAUCGGCGAGUUGGUCGCCAGCGCCCACGCCCUCGGCGAGGGCCAGUUCCCUUUCCCCGCCCUCCCGGAUGACCCCGCCCCCGCAUCCGCCGGCUUCGACGAUGCCGCCACGGGGGCGGAGGGGGCGGAGGACUCAUCUGGUGACAUGCUGACCACCAUCCGGCGAGGCGUCCGGCUCCGCAAGACCGUUUCCAACGACCGAUCGGCGCCGCGCAUCUUGUGAUCGGAGUCCCGUCGGGAAGGGGGAGGGUCGCCGGGUGGCCUGGGAACUUAACCACGUAGGGGAAUUCUCUCAUAUAACUCAAAUGAAAAGAAGAAGACGCCAUUAGGGUCCACCAUAUCUAAUAUUAACAUGCUAACUCCUAGCGGCCGCCAUUAGUGUGUGUCGGACGCAUGCUUCUCUUCUGGACUCCACACGGGACCUUCUAGCAUCUUCUCUAACGACAUGGGGGGCAGGGAACACCGGGAUGGAGAGAAAGGGGAGGGGCCUGUGCGGGGAGUGGGGGGGAAGGGGCGGGGUUAAAGUGUCACAUGACCUGCUGGAUUUCAACGUUGAACUGAAUCUUCGGGUAGGCGGCGUGGGGAGCUGACGCGUACGGCGCCCUCAGCGGGUCGGCCUGCGUGUCGGCAUUGAACCGUGCCGCUGACUCUCGGUGCGUGCGUGCGUGCGUGCGUGCGUGCGGGUGGGGCUCCGCUGCAGGCCAGCCUGUGAGCCAAUGAGGCUUCUUCUCUUGUGCGUCGUGUUCUUUCUUCUCGUUCUCCUUGUUGACGUCGUUCUCCUUGUUGGCCGCCGUGAGGGAAGCGUCCAGAUACCUUCAUACACACACCUACAUGAAUAUAUAUAUACUAGUACAUAUGAAUAUACAUACAUAAUAUAUAUUUUGUAGGAACGCUGAGAAGAAGAGUGAGAAAGGCAGCAAUAAGUGUUUUAUUUUCUUGCUGGGAUGGAGAGAACGUUGGGAUGAAGAAGCACUUUUGACGCAGUUGGAGGAUGAGGAGGCCGAGUGAUGAAGAUGAGAGGAAGUGAUGAGGAUGAAUCUGGAGGACGUUGAAGGAAAGUCUGUCCGAGCCAGAAAGCGACAUGUCUGCAUCUCUUCUAAGACGUGAGAAGAUGAUGGAUGUUCAUCACGUUGGCGUUCAUAAACGGCGACAUGAACGUUACGCUUCUUUUAGGAAGUCAACCUUGGCCAAGCGGGGAUGCUAGGACAACUAGCAACGGCGUGGUUAGCACGGUGGACAAGGACGCGCGUUGGGAAGGUGGCGUCGUCCGAGGCUUCAGUGAUGGACUGGAAGUUUGGGAUCUGGGAAGAAGCAUUUAAAUUAGCAUUUAUUUACGUCUGAAUGUAACUUUUAGUCAAAAAUACACACACAGCUCAGGACUAGCAAGACAUGAUGGACACCAGGAUGGGGACGUUACGAGGACGGGAUGGAGACGUUACAAGGACAGGAUGGUGACGUUAUGAGGACAGGAUGGCGAUGUUACAAGGACAGGCUGGGGACGUUACAAGGACAGGAUGGAGACAUUACGAGGACAGGAUGGCGAUGUUACAAGGACAGGCUGGGGACGUUACAAGGACAGGAUGGAGACAUUACAAGGACAGGAUGGUGACGUUACAAGGACAGGAUGGAGACGGUACAAGGACAGGAUGGUGACGGUACAAGGACAGGAUGGAGAUGUUACAAGGACAGGCUGGGGACGUUACAAGGACAGGAUGGAGACAUUACAAGGACAGGAUGGUGACGUUACAAGGACAGGAUGGAGACGGUACAAGGACAGGAUGGAGAUGUUACAAGGACAGGAUGGUGACGUUACAAGGACAGGAUGGAGACGGUACAAGGACAUGAUGGAGACGUUACAAGGACAGGAUGGUGACGUUAUGAGGACAGGAUGGCGAUGUUACAAGGACAAGAGGGCGACGUUACAAGGACAUGAUGGAGACGUUACAAGGAUAUGAUGAUGGAGAUGUUACGAGGACAUGAUGGAGACGUUACGAAGACGGGAUGGAGACAUGAUGAGGACGUCUGUGAUUUUUUUUUUGGUUGAUUUGUCUUUGUUUUUCCUGCCGUGUGCUCCGUAAGGACGUCGUACGUCCGUUACAAGGUCCAGACAUUUUUAUUUAUUGACAUCAAGUCUGUGAAGUGUCCAGCAGGGGGCGUGGUUUUGUAGAUUUACUUUGGAGACAGUUUCCGUGGCGACAUGCUGCUUAACUCCGCCCACAUGAUGUCAUCCUGGCUCAGGUGCAGCAGGUGGCCAAGGUUGCUGGUUCCGUCCUCAGAAGGCGGUCUUGAUGCUGAGUCAUCAGUUUGGGUUCCUUGAAGGCAGAACCGGCCAUCAGAACCUGCUAGAACUUCACACGUGAGCCUGAAGAGGUCCUUUCAGUAGACCCCAUGUGUCCCUCACCACUAAAGGUUUUAGGACACGUCCUCGUGUUAUUCAGUGAGUUAGCGUCUCAAAGUGUAUCAACAUUUUUUGAUUAUAAUCGUUUCUAAAAGUUUUGAGACACUUGCUCACUGAAUAACAUGAGAACUUGACUCAAAACAUUUGACCAAAACUGUCUCCAAAAGUUUUUAGACAGUUUUCAUGUUAUUCACUAAGAAACUGUCUCAAAACUUGGGAUCUAAAUUGUCUAUAAAGGUUUGACACACUUUCUCAUGUUCCUAAAUGAGGAAGUCAACACUUUUGGUCCAAACCGUCUCCAAAGGUUUUGAGACACUUUGACACGUUCUCCUGCUUCUCCUGCUAUUAAGUAGGAACAUGUCUCAAACAUCUGCAAAGGUCUUGGGACACUUUCCAUGUUAUUCAGGGAGGAAGUGUAUCAAAACAUUUGGUCGGUGUAGCAUACAAAUAAAAAUGAAGACACAAACCGCCUGGAAGGAUCUCUUCAAGGUUCUGGAGGAACCACCAGAACCCAUGUUGUGGUUUUCCAUGAAGUAACGCCUCACAUAGUCGCACAUUUCCACCUUCUUUUCAUCCAGCGUUGGGGGGUGGUUUCCUAUUAAUGUGUGUUGUGUAUCUCUGGUGUGUGUGUGUGUGUGUGUGUGUGUGUGUGUGUGUGUGUGUGUGUGUGUGUGUGUGUAGAAGCUGCCACUGCACUAACAGGAAGUCUUCUUAUUAGGAACGUACACGCGUGCAGGCAUGCGUGUUGCACUCUGAAAUACUUCAUAUCAUCUUUGUAGGCCUCAUCCUUCCAAGGCUUCAUCAACACUUUGGCUUAUUUGCAACUGAUUGAUUGAUUGAUUGAUUGAUGACAGCAAUAACGUACACCCCGUGGCCCUCCAUGACCUUUUUUUGCUGCUCUGCACCUCCUGAGUGGUUUUCAUUGAAUUGGAAAAGACUUAAUUUGCCAUCCGGAAGUGGAAUAAAAGCAAAAGGAAUAAAACAGAAGCACAAUAGAAAACAGAGAAACAAAAAGCUCGGCUUUUAAUAAUCUUCAUUUGUUUCAUUUCAUAUCUUUGACCUUAAAUAUGACACAAGUAUUGGGACACUCUCUCAUUGAUCAGGAUGGGAAAGCGUCUCUAAACUUUUCACAGUGAAGAUCUUUUAUGGCUUCCGUUCUUCCAGGAAGACUUUUACGGCGUAUCGGAGAUGUUUCUCUCCAUUACCAUGAGGUCAGAGGUCGCUGACGCCGGACCCCCAGAUUGUGUUUGAUGGGCCGGUCCAGCAUGUCACGCAUCGGAUGUUGUCCUCCAGCAGGUGUCGCUGGUCUUUGAAGGCUGUCUUCUUCGUCCUCCUCCUCCUCCUCUUCCUCUUCAUUUCUUGUGAAGUAUAAAAAAAACAAAAAAGUUCAGUCGCCUCUGCAAAUCUCUUGACAAAUUAUUUUCCUGUCUUCCUUCUUUUGGUUGUUGUUGUAAAAAUCAGACUUUUAUUUCCUUGGGUUAACUUUUAGUCACUCGCUGAUGUAACAAAACGCACUGUGAUGAUUCCAGUAUUAAUAAAGUUGUACUUCAACUGUGUUCUCUGGCGAGGUUUCCUCUCUUAGACGACAAGAACAUUUACAUUUGAAUUAGCUGAAAAAGGAAAAAGUAUAAAGUAUUGACAGUUAUAAGUCAUAUUUUACCAGCAUAAAGUUGAAAUACUCAAAUAUGGAAGAAGAAAUGUUGUUUUUCAAAGCCAGAAUCUCAUGAAAGCUCAUGAGGGUGUAAUGACACAUUCUCACCGGAGGGGGCGACAUUCACUACACUUUAGAGCUAGAUGGUGUAAUGACACAUCCUCACCGGAGGGGGCAGUAAUGCUUAGAAUGCACGAUCUCUGUCUUGUCUACCGGAAAUGGAAAAGGUGAAUCGCUUGCUAUAAGAUAGUUCCUUUAAACGGUUCUUACUGCGGUUGUUCUUUAUUUAGUACAUAUUUUAUCAGGGAGUGGAUAUUAUCAAGUACUCGGCCAACCAUGAAGGAAGUAUUUGGAGUGUAAGAAAGAAGGAUAUAAGAACGCGAGGAGGAACUUUGUCCAACGGAAGAGGAGAAAUGGCGACCAGGUGAACCAGGACGCCGUUUUCCAGCCUCCGGUGGAGUCAGGCCAGGCAGAGCAGGUUAGUCGGCCUCUCACGUCCUUAUAGAAAGUAUAUUUACUUGUUUAGUUACUCGGCGUCCGAGCUGAGAGACACGAAAUGAGCGCUAUUUAUUGAACAUGACUGAAUGAGGGUUGUCAACAAUAACAAUGACGUCAUCGACCCUGCCAACCGGAUAUCUUGACGUGCACGUGGACGGGAGAUGCUUUUGUUUGCCCAAUCGGAUUUACAAGAAAAAGGACAUUCAUUUCUGAGGAUAAAAUUGUACAUUUGUGAGAAAAAAAGUCAUACAUUUACGAGAUAAAAGCAAAAAGUCGUAAGUUUACCAAAGUCGUACUUUUACAAAUAAAGGUCACACAUUUAAAAAAAUGUAAAAAAUAAAUUUGUACAAAGUCGUACAUUUACUGGAAAAAAAGUCAAAGUUUACGGUGAGUGGAUGGAUGAUUUGAGGAUGGAUGGAUGGAUGUUGGAUGGAUGAUGAUGAUAGAUGGAUGAUUGGUGAUGGUUGGAUUAUGGAUGGUUGGCUAAUUGAAUGAUGGAUGGAUGUUGGAUGGAUGAUGAUGAUAGAUG